AUGGAAAUACUAGUGAAUGGGCACCCGGCCGAGUUUAAGAUAGACUCUGGUGCGGAAGUCUAUGUUGUCUCGCCGUCUUUCCCAGGCCGACUGCGGUUGCUGGAUGAUGUUGAAGGAGAAGUCUUGGACCCUGGCGAACGGAGUCUGCACGUUAUUGGCACCUUUAAAGCAACCUUACAGUGGGGUGAUAAGUCCACGGUGCAGGGCUUGUACGUGGUUGAACGUCAGCGCACUCACCUGCUUGGGCUCCCUGCUAUUGAAGCCAUUGGUGUUGUUCACUUCCUGGAUUCUGCCGAGUGCGUUCAUUCACCCCCAGCCAAGAUUUUCCAAGGGUUGGAAAAAUUUCGGCAAGCCAAAUAUCGGAUUCGCGUUAAACCCGGCGCUCGUCCAUUUUCCCUGAGCGCUCCAAGGCGGAUUCCAAUUCCUUUAAAUGACGUUGUCAAGAAAGAGCUAGACGACCUGGAGUCGCAGGACGCCAUCAUGAAGGUAGUGACCCCAACUGAGUCGUGCUUCGGGCUUGUAGUGGUGCCCAAAUCACCGGGUGGCUACAGAUUCUGCGUCGAUCUGACGAAGCUGAACGAAGUCAUCGAAAGGGAGCGCUUCAUCUUGCCGAUCGCGGAACAGAUCCUUGGCCAGUUGGGUGGGGCGCCAGUAUACUCCAAGUUGGAUGCGCGAUCUAGUUUCCGUCAGGUGUAA